CUGUUCUAACCAUUAGACCCCACUCCCCUCCCAGAGCCAGUGAGUGAACCCAGGAGUCCUGGCUCCCAGCCAACCUGCUCUAACUGCAGUAGUAGGAUUUUAUGUUUGUAUUUUGUAUAACUCAGAAUGAAGGAUGUCGUGUGUAUUCAAUAUAUCCAUGUAUGGUAGGAUUGGAUUGGAUUCUGCCGGCCACCCUGGGUCGUUGGAAAAGACACGUCAGCCAGGCUGCCUGUCUCUGAACUGUUAAGGCAGGAACAGACCAGACCGGUCCUUAUGGCGGAUUAUGGCCCCCUUUGGUUUUAGGAGAAGUUUUCAUGACAAUGUUGGCUCUAAGGUCUUGUCUCUCAUCUGCAUUGCAAACGAAGUUGGGGGUGGUUCUUUUGUAACCCCUGUAGUAACCAUGUGUAACCCUUUAUAAACGGUAACCCUGUCUGAAAUGUUCUGUACACUUGUCUGGGGUGAGGAGCAAAGGACGUGUGCGUGGUUAAGGAGGCAUGUGGAAGCCGUCGCAGAUGUCCAGAUGGUCAAGAAGAAGCGAGGGACUUGGAGAGGCGGCAGGAAAAAUCCAUUCGCCCGAUGCUAAGCGAGUUAGCGGCACUGACGACCUCAGAGAUGAGGCAAACCCCCCCGAAGGCGAGACAAGAAAUCAGCCCCUCGCCCCCUGGGGCCAGCCCUGACGGCUGUGCUAACUAGCCUGGCGCUCUGGACCCGGGGCAGGACCCUGAACCCCGGCUGGGAAGCGGCGCGAGCCCAGAGAUAAUGAGGCGACUUUUGGUCCCUUCUUUGUGGCCAGACACGUCCCAGCUGCACUCUCCCAGCUGGAGCCUGUGGGAGGAACCCAGCUGGGAAAUGCGUUAGCCGGACGUCCCCGCCUGUGUGGCUCAGCGUCUGAAUGUCGGGGGGCCCGGAGGUGCCAGGAGCCUGUUUGGAUGCGGGUCACCCCGUGUCUGCACUGAGCGGGGCUGCGAAAAGCAUCAAGAAACACCCCCCCGGGCGAAUGGGGGCUGGGAUCUCCUUCCCUCAUCAUCGCUGGGAGCCAUGACUGCCCCGGGCUCCUGGGUCCCCUUCCGGACGCUCCUCAAGGUGACCCUCUACCUGCUGGCCAUCAUGACCUUCUCCUUCCUCAUCCACGUAAGCAGCCGGUUCCCCGCCGCAUGGCAGAGGCUCCACUCCCCGAACGCCACGGAGCAGGGCAUGUGGACCGUGAACUCUGCCGGGCGUCUGGGGAACCAGAUGGGGGAAUACGCCACCCUCUACGCCCUGGCCAAGAUGAACGGGCGACAGGCCUACAUCCUCCCCGAGAUGCACCAGCAGCUGGCGCCGCUCUUCCGCAUCACCCUGCCCGUGCUCUCCAGAUUCAGAGCUUGGAGUAUCCUAUGGAAGGACUAUGAGCUCCACGACUGGAUGUCGGAGGAGUACAGGCACAUCGAGGGGAAAUACGUCCGGCUGACGGGCUACCCCUGCUCCUGGACCUUUUACCACCACCUCCGGCAGGAGAUCCUCCAGGAAUUCUUCUUCCACGACCACGUCAAGGAGGAGGCCAACCGGUACCUGGCCGGGCUGCGUGGGCAGCGCCGGAACGUGACCUACGUGGGCGUCCACGUCCGGAGGGGGGACUACGUCUGGGUGAUGCCCCAGGUCUGGAAGGGGGUGGUGGCGGACAAGGCCUACCUGGAGAAGGCCAUGGGCUACUUCCGGGACAAGUAUCAGGAGCCGGUCUUCGUGGUGACCAGCAACGGGAUGGAGUGGUGCCGGGAGAACAUCGACACCUCGCAGGGGGACGUGUAUUUCUCAGGGGAAGGGAAGGAGUCGUCACCGGGGAGGGACUUUGCUCUCUUGGCCCAUUGCAACCACACGAUCAUGACCAUCGGGACCUUCGGCAUCUGGGCCGGUUACCUGGCUGGGGGGGAGACCAUCUACUUGGCCAACUACACCCUCCCCGACUCCCCCUUCCUCCGGCUCUUCAAACCUGCAGCCGCCUUCCUGCCCCAGUGGAUCGGGAUCGACGCCGAUCUCUCCCCGCUGCGCACUGGUACGACUGGCUAAAUUAGCUCAGCUGGUGGCCACAGGCUGCCAACGGGAUCCACCCGCCAGGACUUAGCCAGUCGGGCGAGGACUGGGCACCUGGGACCCCUGGCUGGUGCGGGCUGCGCUGGGGAGAUCGGGGGCGAUUGGAGCUGGGCUGGCGGGAUUCAGAGCCCCACACGGAGCAGCCAAUGACCUACAUCGGACAACUUCUCAUAGGAGUGUCCAGAGUGAUGGGACCGUCUCCGUCUGUUGAAUGGUUAGAGCGGAGGGGAGUGGGGGCUGGGAGCCGGGACUCCUGGGUUCGCGUCCAGCUCCAGGAGGUGAGUGGGGUCUGUGACGAGUCGCCUCCCCCACUGCGGGGUGCCACGUGAUGUACUGGGGUACCACUGAGCCCGCCUGUUCCACCAGCCUGGGCUCCCUCACACUGUCCUUCUAAGCCAGGCCCUCAAGCCUCCUCCAGCACACGCAGGUAGGGACACGCCCAGCCGCAGAAAGACAGACACGGGGAUCAGCUCUGCGUGGGAAGCCUUCAGCUAGGGAAUAGCCCAGCACCCCAGUGCUCACCCCCUCUGGGGUGCAAACCCCAAAUUGUGUUGCACAGAGACCUGCACAGCGCAAACUCCUGAAAUUCGCCCCCUCCCGCAAUGGGGAGGAAGAUCCGCACAGCGUUUCGCCCCCCAGUUACAAAUUCCACAAGCUGCUUUUAGGGAAAACAAGAAACAAGUUUAUUAAUUUAUUCAUGGAGCAGGUCCUCAGGGAAUCAAUUCUCAAGCACUUAGAGGAGAGGAAAGUGAUCAGGAACAGUCAGCAUGGAUUCACCAAGGGGAAGUUGUG